CUUGUUUUCAAGUCCGUCGUAAUAUCGUCAAACUUUGGUCUUGUUGAAAAUGUUCGAGCUUUUGGUAUUAGCCAUUGGAGUACACAACCUAGUAUUGGCUGAUGUAAGUUUGGGAUAUCACUAUAAACGGCCGCAAAAUUUAGUUCCGAGUGUGGUAUCUACAGUUGAAUCCCCAACUUAUAUAUCACCCUUGUAUGGGGUACCUAAAUAUCAAAUUAGCAGUGGAUCUGGCCAAUACAGCUCAGGACAUGCAGAUGCCAAUAGUAAUUAUAAUGAACAGGGAUUCAGUAAGUUAUUAGGACUCAAUUAUGGUACUUACAACACAUUCAACAAAUUACAAAAUAAUGGUGCUUACAGAGGUUCUGACGGAUACCAACCUGUCAACUUACUUGGAAAUAUUUUUUAUCAAAAUGAAUUGACGAGUAACCCAUUGCCAACUUAUCCUGUCAGUAGUAGUAAUGCCAAUAAAGGUUUACAAACAUUUAAUAAUCAAUAUUAUCAGUCUACUCAAUAUCAAAAUUCUGAACAAAAAUACCAACAAUCCUUUCAAGUGCAGCAGCAGCCUGCUCAAGUAUUCAAACAUUUUUAUGUUCAUGCGGCACCUGAAGACAAUGAACCCCCAAAACAACGUAAACCUGUAAUAUUACCUCCUCCGCAGAAACAUUACAAAAUCAUAUUUAUUAAAACACCUUCACUGCAGCAGAGUGCUCCUCAAGUACUUCCAGUUCAACAAAAUGAAGAAAAAACUAUUGUUUAUGUUCUCGUUAAAAAACCUGAAGAUGUUCAAGAUGUUGUCAUACCUAAAGCUGAUCAGAAGCCUCCUACAAAACCUGAAGUAUUCUUUAUAAAAUACAAUAACAAAGAAGACUCUCAGUCUGUUAUAGAUAAUAUCGUAAAGGAUUACAAUAAAGGACAAUCAAUCAGCUUUUCUAAUCCCAGUGUAUCAAAUGAAGCGAUAGGUAAUUCUGACGUGUUCUCCGGACAAACUUACCAACCAAAUAUUACUCCUCCCGGAUUUCAAACUUUAGGACUUAACAACGGAGCACCUACAUUACCAUCGAGUAUUGGUUCUCAAUCAUUUGGAAUUGUCACCGGACCACCAAACAAUCAAAAUAAUGCCCCAGCUGGUACUGAAUCGUUUUCUUUGACAUCAAAUGAUGAAUCAGUCCAAAGUCAAAUUGCUCCUGACUUUGGAACAUCGACUUUUGGAACAUUGGAUACACAAAACCAGGCCUUACCAAUAUUCGGGUCAGCACCGUUGGGAAUUACAGGUCUUCCGAGUGCUGUACCGACAACAGUAACUACAGCAAGUUCUGCUGGUAGCAAGGGGUAUGAUAACAGCGUAUCCAACGGCGUUACUUCAUCUGGAGUGGCUGAUUCAAGUGCAAAUACUAACUAUAAUAAUUUAAGCACUGUACCUACUAGUCAAGGUGUACCUCACGAAACUUACGGUAUUCCUAAAUUCAGAAUAUAAUUCUUAAUAUGGGCAGCACUUGGUACCUAUGACUUUUAUAUUUUUAAUAUUUAUCAAGACUACAGAAUACACAUUGUCUGAUAUUAAGUUUUUUAGCUGUGACUAUGUAUUAAAUGAUUAUAUGUACGUAAGAGUUGUAAAAUGACUGAAUAUAAUUAUGAUUGUUUGCUAUAUUGGUAUAUAUGUAUUAUAAUGUUUUAAUUGAUAGAUACCUAGAAACUUAUAAUUACUAGCAAUGCUUACUACAGA